GCAUUCUUCAACAGUCGUUCGUGCAAGAGAAUUCCUUGCUGUCGCGACGAUCUGCUUGCAACGAAUACCUGAUUCACGCUCUUUUCCACAUCGCCCAGCAUGGCAUCCGAAGAGAUAGAUCUCUAUGAGGUCUUGAACAUCCAACGAGGCGCAACAAAAGCCGAGAUCAAGAAAGCUUACCACAAAGCCGCCCUCUCCUCCCACCCCGACAAAGUCGCCCCCGAAGAGCGCGAACAAGCCGACAUCGCCUUCAAAUCCAUCUCGCAAGCCUACGAAAUCCUCUCCGACGAUGACACCCGCCACCUCUACGACCAACACGGCAUGGCCGCCUUCGACAAGUCCUCCAGCAUGGGCGGCGGACAACCCGACCUAGACGAUCUCCUCGCUCAAAUGUUCGGCGGCAUGGGCGGCGGUAUGGGAGGUGGGUUUGAGGGAUUUCCCGGUAUGGGCGGUAUGGGAGGAGGAGGAGGAGGACCAGGCCGACCGCAGCGCAAGACGAAGGGAAGGAGUGAACGACAACAGUACCAAGUCACGCUGGAGGAACUCUACAAGGGAAAGACGACUCGUUUCGCCAGCACGAAGAAUAUCAUCUGCAGUCACUGCCACGGUUCUGGCGGCAAGUCGGAGAAGACGAAACCAAAGACCUGCGAGACGUGUAAAGGUCGUGGGCAGACGACUCGAUUGCAACCCGUCGGACCGGGGAUGGUCACGCAGCAGACGGUUCCCUGUAAUACCUGCGCUGGACGAGGGAGCUUCUACGCGGACAAGGACAAGUGCAAACGCUGCAAGGGCGUGCGAACGGUGAAAGAGAAGAAGAUUCUGGAAAUGUACAUCCCACGAGGCGCACGGGAAGGGGAGCAGAUCAUUCUGGCAGGCGAGGCAGAUCAGUCACCCGACGACUCGGAGCCGGGCGAUAUCGUGUUCGAGCUGGUCGAGGCACAGCACGAAGUUUUCCACCGUGCGGGCAGCGACUUGCAAGCGGAAGUGGAGAUUUCUCUGGUCGAGGCGUUGACAGGGUUCGAUCGUGUGGUACUGACGCAUUUGGACGGACGGGGACUGCAGUUGUGUGUGAAGCAGCCGGAUGGCAAAGUCUUACGGCCGGAUGAUGUGAUUAAGGUUGUUGGUGAGGGGAUGCCGAUGAAGAAGUCGGAUGCGAGGGGAGAUUUGUAUUUGACGUUGAAGAUCAACUUUCCCGAGGACGGGUGGUUGAAGACUCCGGCGGAGGUGGAAAAGGUGCGAGCAGUGCUGCCGAAGGUGGAGAAGAAGGAGUACAAGGUUGGCGAGACUCCGGAGGUGAUUGAGGAGGUGCUUGACUGGGAGGUCGUGCAGGAUCUGGAGGGUUUUGGCGCGGGAUCGGAUGAUCCUAGAGCGGCGGGUGCGGAGUGGGAGGACGAUGAUGAAGGUGCAGAGGGGCCGCAGUGUGCGCAGCAGUAAUGAAUGACCGAAGAAGAGGGCAUCUGAAACGACGCGUGGCGGCGGCACGCGAGAAAGACAAGAGGAGAGUGCAUAGCGUGGGCGUUGGGUGCGGUUUGCUUUCAACCUGACGACCAGAUGGAGACAGAAUGUGAGGGCGGACACAAAUGCUGGUGGAUCUAAACAGUUCCGAAUCACGGCCGAUAGACUCUUCUUGUGGAUUCACAAAACCGAUUUCGAAGAUCUUCAGAGAAGGAGGAUACAGUACUGUACAUAAUACACAAUGCACCGAUGAUCCCAACCAAAGGACAUCGGCAGCUUUUCCC